UUCAAGCGAGUUACAUAUUACUGUACCAUUCAGUUAAAAUAUUUCGUAUGUUAUAAAGUGUAGUGUUUAAAAUAUAUAAUAAAACGCUGCACUUAUAACAACUAUGGCUAACCAGCUGUCUAUAUCACGGAGGACCGCCCUGCAGACGUCCGAGCUGAAGAAGAGAUCUAAGAAACCUUCCGUACGGGUCAUCGUACAGCCUGUUGACUCUCACAGGUUUCGUUACAAGUCUGAAGGUCGGUGGGCCGGUUCGAUUCCCGGGGUAAACAAGAAGGGUAACAAGGAGGGCUACCCUACCAUAGAGAUCAGCGGUUGCCCCGAUGGUAAGGCCGCCAUUUUGGUUUCCUGCGUCACAAAGGACUCGCCCUACAAGACACACCCGCACGGCGUGGUAGCUCGAGAGAUGUAUUUGUCUGAAGAGGAAGUAAGGAAGGGAGCGUGCAAGGUGGUGGUGGAACUGACCGGAGAAAGUACUAAGGUCUCCUUCAACAACAUCGGCAUCCACAGCUGCAAACAAAAUGAAGUUAAGGAGGUCCUCGAGACGCGGCGUAGCCUCGGCGUCGACCCAUUUGGAAGCGGUUUCGACUACUGCCGCGAACCGAAGAGUAUCGAUCUGAACGCGCUGCGGCUCUGCUUCCAAGUGUUCGUGAUGGAUAAGAAAGACAACAUUCGUCUAAGGCUGCCGCCCGUCGUCACCAACGUCAUACACGACAAGAAGACGCAGGGCGAGCUGCAGAUCGUCCGCCUCUCGUGUCAAGAGAGCCCCGCCACCGGCGGUAGAUUUGUUAUACUCCUUUGCAAAAAGGUGAAGCCGUCUGACACCACGGUGGUGUUCGUGCAGGGGAGCGAGGAUUGGGAGGUGGCGGCGAGCGACAUCAGCUCGCACCAACACGUCGCCUUCUGCUUCAACACGCCGCCAUACAGACACACUGACAUUACCACCAACGUCACGGUGAGCGUGCAACUGAAGAGACUGUCAGACAACGCGCGCAGCGAGCCCGUACAGUUCGUGUACACUCCGCCGCGCACAGUAGAUAAAAAGAAAUACACUGAAAAGAAACCGCUGUCAGCCUGGCUACAGAAUGCAAAUUUACCGAUGGAAUCAGAAAGUUCGCCUGAACAAGUUAGAUAUACUCCUGCACAAAGUCCAAUGGAACAAGAACAAUUUCCCACAGAGACGAAGCAUUUGCAGCCGUGGCCUGUGGACCUUCCCCCGAUGGUAGGGCCGAGCCCCCACCAGCUACAGUACCCAGUCCACGACAUGUCCUGGAUGGACAGAAGCUACGUCCAGCUGGAGCAGUUGCCGCAUGUUCCCAGGUUGCAGACGACGCCGCACGCUGCACACUGCGACUACUCGAUCACGUCACGGGAUCCUAGUUUGUCUCCGGCGAGGAAUCUAAAUCCUUUCUUCUCUCAUUAUGAGGAAAAUGUCCUUAUUAUGGAUAACAGAUCAGAAUGUCAUUCUGUUUCACCCAUAUUUGCACCCUCGCCCGAUUUAAACACGGGACAAGGGGAAGUGGAAGAGAUGCAAGUAAGUUUGGAAAAGUUCUCUGGAUUAUUAGAAGAACCAAUCAGUGACCAUUUGAAUGAACUUUCUAUAAAGGAUUUCGUUGGCGGUGAUUCGCCUAAGAUUUAGUCAGGCAGUAAAUGUUAAGGACAGAAAAAAAUGCCACCGAAACGAUUCAUUGUUGUUACGUUAAAAUUAUAACUUUGGUAUUUUAAAUCAGAACCAAAACUUUAUAUUUU